GCACAGAACAUCCAUGAGAAUUCGCGAUGCUUUGGACACCCCCAAACCUCCUGCAAAACAUCUCAUCCGCCUCAACUUCUAAUGACAUGACAACUUUAACAGCUUUAUCCUCGGAUAUGACAGCUCGUCGUUUGUGGACGCAUUCAUAAAUUGUUUCCAAACAGUGUUUUGCGAGUAAAAAAAGACAGAAGUGAGUGCUGCAUGUUGAUGAAGACUAUUAUUGAGUGGUUACUGAUUGAUUUGCGCGUUUCAUCAAUGAAUCAAAUCUCAAUUUCAGCACAAGACUCAGUUUUACUUCCAGAAGGGGCAAAAACCCCCGGCUCUUAUAGAAAGAAAUAACAGCAAAAGCUUCAUGGUUUUGUUUAUCUGGGACGUUCGUUUUUGAGAAACGAUUGUGAAAGAAAAAGAAAAGACUAAACAACAAGUGGAGGGACUUGUGGAGAGGCAGAGCGCGUCCGUGCGCAUUUCACUGGGACAUAACAUAGCCAUCAUCAUCUUAUCUCUUGAGUUGAAUAAAAUGAAAGUUUGGACUUUUCUUCCGUGUUUGGCCGUCCUACUCAUCAUGUGCGUGGGAUCAGACUGCGGGACGGUCCUGAGGAAGACCCGAUCCAAGCGCGAGCUGGUGAAGAUCAGAGAAGCCAAAGCCGUCUUCCCGGGGGCUUGUGCCACCCGACUGCCCAGGGGCAAGCGCUCCCUGCCCACGCUAGACCGCCGGCUCCCCCGGCAGCGCCGCCGCUCCUCUCCAGCGGAGGAUGCGAACUCCUCCCGGGGUAAAGCCGUUUAUUUCACGGGCAGAAGGGAUCAGCUAAGACUCAAGCCUGGUGUGGAGAUACCGAAAGGCAAUUUCACUCUCCAGAUGUGGGUCAAACCAGAGGGUGGCCAGCGCUCUCCCACUGUCAUAGCUGGUCUAUUCGACAAAUGCUUCUACGCUUCCAGCGAUCGAGGAUGGCUGUUGGGAAUUAAAGCCGUGAGUGAACAGGGAAACCGUGACCCACGUUUCUUCUUCUCCUUAAAGACAGAUCGAGCGCACAAAGUUACCUCCAUUCAAUCGAAUGCUCACUACUUACCUGGCCACUGGGCCCAUGUGGCUGUGACUUACAAUGGCCUCUAUAUGAAACUUUAUGUCAAUGGUGCUCAGACGGCUGUUAGCAGAGAACAGUCAGGUGAUGUCUUCAGCCCCCUUACUAAAAAGUGUAAGGUGCUGAUGGUGGGAGGAAAUGCCUUGAAUCAUAACUACAGAGGCUCCGUGGAGCGUGUUGGUCUGUGGCGACAGGCUCUCUCUCAGCGACAGAUCAUGAGGGACAUGCAUGGACACAAGGACCAUGAAGACAUGGUUGAUCUGGUGAUCCGUGAGACCUUUGAGCAUCCGGCACGUAAAUGGCUAGCAGUGAAGGAUGGCAGUUUCCCAAUACCGGAUGAGGGUCCUAGAGCCGGACUAGAUUCUUUGGACACCACCUUGGAGCCCCCAGCGUGUGGACAGACAGUUUGCGACAAUACGGAAGUAGUGCGCAACUACAAUCACUUCUGGAGCUUCCGGCGACCCAAAACUGUGCGUUACCGCGUUGUGAAUGUAUUUGAUGACUUUAAGCGCAAACCAACAGUGACAGAUCAGCAGAUUCACCUUCAACAUCAGCAUCUGAAUGAAGCCUUUAGCAUAUACAACAUCACCUGGGAGUUGACCAUGCACAACGUGAGCAAUUCCUCUCUGUAUAACCGUCUUGUGCUCGCCAACUGUGACAUCAGCAAGGUGGGCGAUGAGGAUUGUGACCCUGAGUGUAACCACACCCUGACUGGCUUUGAUGCUGGUUACUGCAAGCCUAGGACCCGAUGUCCUGAGCAUAAACAAGGCAAUAAUAUCUGUGAACCAGAGUGCAACUGCGAGAACUACGGUUAUGAUAGUGGCGACUGUUGCAACCCCAGCAUCACCGAUGUGACCAAGACAUGCUUCAAUCCAGCUUCUCAUUUAAGGGCCUAUCUGGACAUAAAGGAGCUAAAAGAGAUUCUCAAGCUGGAUGGCUCCACACACCUGAAUAUCUUCUUUGCCAAUUCCUCUGACGAAGACCUGGCUGGAGUCGCUACCUGGCCGUGGGACAAGGAUGCGCUGACACAUCUAGGUGGAAUUGUUCUGAAUCCUUCUUUCUAUGGUACAUUUGGUCACACUCAUACCAUGAUCCAUGAGAUCGGUCACAGUUUGGGACUAUACCAUGUGUUCAGGGGGAUCUCUGAGAUUGAGUCCUGUAAUGAUGCAUGUUUAGAGACUGAGCCCUCACUAGAAACUGGAGAUCUGUGUGCCGACACCAACCCAACUCCCAAGUACAAGCACUGCAGGGACCCUGAGCCAGGCAACGAAACAUGUGGCAAUCGCAACUUUGUCCAUACGCCUUUUAAUAAUUACAUGAGUUAUGCAGAUGACGACUGCACUGAUUCCUUCACACUCAACCAGGUGGCUCGCAUGCACUGCUAUCUGGACCUCAUCUACCAGACAUGGCAACCCAACUACAGGCCACCUCCUGUCCCUAUGGCGCCCCAAGUGGUAGAACAGGAACAAGACUCCAUUACUCUUGAUUGGUUUCCACCCAUCUCUGGCCACUUUUAUGACAGAGAAGUGGGAUCAGUAUGUGAUAAAUGCACUGAGGGUCGCGUCCUCCUGCAGUACGCCUCCAAUUCGUGGUCUCCGCGACCCUGCUCCCCAUCUGGCCACUGGAGCCCCAGAGAAGCAGAGGGACCACCAGAUGUGGAGCAAGCCUGUGAGCCCAGUGUUCGCACGUGGAGUCCUCAUAAUGGCAUGGAUCUGGGCAUGGUCCCCCCUCCCUGCCCUCUGCAAGGCUGCAUGUUGCAGCUGGAGUUUGCUCAUCCGGUGGUCCCAGACUCCCUCACGAUGUGGGUGACAUUUUCCUCACCAGAGGAAACAGUUCUGCCAGCCAUACACAAUAUCAUCUUACUGACUGUAGCUGGCAACAACCUAUCACUGGGUCCCAGCAAUUUGUUCUGUGAUACACCACUAACCAUCAAACUGGGUGUGCAGGAGGAGGUAUACGGGGUACAGGUUUUCACCAUGGAACAACAUUUGGAAAUCGAUGCCACUCUGCUCACGUCUAAAUCUGACUGUCCACUCUGUCAUGAAUGCGAGCCACUGCGCUAUCGGCUCCUGCGGCAGCCGGCGUUUGCGCACGCAGCACAGGGCAUUGUGCUGAGUGACUCGAUGCGAAGAUAUGUGGACAGGGAUGUUGAGUAUGGUGGAGUCUACACUUACCAGGUCCAAACUAUCUCUAGCUGGAGUGAGAGUGAGCCAUCCCCUCCAUUCACACACCAUCUGGGAGCUCCAUACUGUGGAGAUGGACUCAUCCAGAGGUCCCAGGGAGAAGAAUGUGAUGAUAUGAACUCUAUGAAUGGCGAUGGCUGCUCCAGUCACUGCAAGAAGGAGCCGUUCUUUAACUGUAUUGAUGAGCCCAGCAUGUGCUAUUAUUAUGACGGUGAUGGAGUGUGUGAAGACUUUGAGCGGGAGACGAGUGUAAAGGAUUGUGGUCUGUACACACCAAAUGGUUUCCUGGACCAGUGGGCCACUAUGGUGGAAGUUUCCCACGAAGAGAAGCUCUACUGCCCAGCCGACGUGGCUGCCGGAUACCCUGCUGUUACUAAGACAUGCCAGUCCAAGGUGUUUGACUUGUCUGACGGAGUGUCUCAGUAUGCCUGGUUUCCAUGUCGAGAGGCUCAGGGCAUUUCCUGGUAUCCCCAAUACUGGCUGAAGGCAUAUUUCUCGCAUCCUAUGGUUGCUGCAGCUGUCAUCAUCCAUUUAGCUGCAGAUGGAACCAGCUACAUCGACCAAAGCCAGUGCAACAUUACAGUCCAACUGAUCGACACCAAAGAGGGCAUCCACAGCUUAGGUGACUGGCGUUUAAGCUGCCGCACCAAUCCUCUAGUCAUCCCUGUCAGUCAUGACCUGAGCAUGGCCUUCUACCACACCAAAGCCAUCCUCCUCAUGUUCCGCUCUGAUUUGGUGGCUAUAUCUGGCAUAGGCCUACGGUCCUUCCAGUUCUUUGACCCAAUCACCAUCAGCGGCUGCCAGAGGAAUGAGAUCUACAACCCCACGGGCCAGAGUUGUGUUCAUUACUCGUGUGAAGCCAUCGAUUGCCAGGAGCCGUUGAUCUGGAACGCGGAGGUGAAAUGCAGCGAUAGUGGUUACUUCAAUGGGGCGCACUGCACUGUCACAUGCAACAGCGGCUAUGUCCUGCAAAUCCACCGGGAUGAUGAAAUCAUCAAGAGCCAGACGGACUCAACGGUGACCAUCACAUGUGCUGAUAGGAAAUGGAACAAGCAAGUAUCGUGUGAGCCAGUCGAUUGUGGGCUGCCAGAUAAGUACCAUGUGCAUCCUGCCCAAUUUGACUUCCCAGAAGGCACCACCUACGGCAAGAAGAGCACAUUCCAGUGCAAGGAGCCUGCUCAGCUUGUGGGCACUAAUAACACCCUGACCUGUAUGGAAGAUGGUCUGUGGUCAUUCCCGGAGGCUUUGUGUGAGUUGCGGUGUCCGGCACCACCUCCAGUGCCCAACGCUGUGUUGCAGACCAAACGCUGUAAUGAGACAGGCCUUAAAGUGGGCAGCCUCUGCAAAUACAAAUGCAAACCUGGAUACCAUGUGGCUAACAAGCCAAAGAGGCGAGCGUUUAAGCGCCAGUGCACAGAAGACGGCCGCUGGUUGGAGGGAUCGUGUGAGCCGGUGACUUGUCCCCCUCCCCCAUCUGUCUUUCACGGCAUGUACCAGUGCACAGACGAGUUUAAGUUUGACAGCACCUGCUGGAUCCACUGCAAUGGGGCCAACCACACACUCAGACAACCCCCUCCAUGCAGACAGGGGGUCAGCACCAAUGCCAUUCGCUGCAGAAAGGACGGAAACUGGACUGGAAGUUUUCACUUAUGCCCAGAGCUGAAGGGUCAAUGCUCUCUACCUCAGAACUUGCAUCCCAGCAUCCGCAUCAGCUGCAAGAAAGGACAUAGCAUAGGAGAGGAGUGUGAGUUGUCGUGCAGGGACAGUAACAAUGAUGUGGUCAUUCUGCCGAGUAACAUGACGGCCAGCAGCAUUUACAGACACCACUGGAUGAACCCUCCCAAAGUCAAGCACAUAGUCUGUACCAUGGGUCUGAAGUGGUACCCCCAUCCAGAAGUCCUCCACUGCAUCAAGGGAUGUGAGCCUUUCAUGGGUGACAAUUACUGUGACGCCAUCAACAACCGAGCCUACUGCAACUAUGAUGGAGGCGACUGCUGCCAUUCCACUGUCAAGACUAAGAAGGUGAUCCCAUUCCCCAUGUCUUGUGAUAUCCGGAGAGAGUGUGCCUGCCGGGACCCCAACGCCCUGGACAACCUAAAGGGCCAGCACCUGCACUCGCUGGGCUGAAACAGUCUACCGAGCUGGUGCAUGGACUGGGAUAUUCUUCCUAGAUUUGCUGCUGCUUCACAGGUGUACCUCUACUCUCAUAGCUGUUCACCCUUUUCAAGUCCAGUCUACCUGCUGUGUCCUAUGCUUGGAAAUGGAUCCCAGUCCCAUGAACCCAGAAAGGACCAAAGCGGGUUUAAGUGUUUUUGCCAUCUGUAGAAGAAUCAAUGUCUCUCAUUGACCUCCAAAACAUAAAAGUAAAGCACGCACACAAACAUCUUGAGUGAACCUGGACAAAAUAAUGAGAAUGCUCUGGAAAUGCAUGGCAUGUGUGUGUGAAUAAGAGAGCUUUUCUCUUUUUUUUUUUCUUUUUUUUUCAUUAAGACCAAAGGCAGACAAAUUCAAACAAAUAUAAUCUCAAAAGAAGAGAAACAGAAUUUCCGAACAUCACAUGAAUGCACAGAGAACAGUUUAAGGGGAUUGUUUUGUUUUAGUUUGUUUUUUUGGAUGUGACCUUAGUCAUCCCAGGAACAGUGAGUGUUGUAUCUGCCCUCUCUCUGUUCCUGUUGGCAGCGCGCCUGUCCCUUUGGUGAAGUAGACGCUGUCCAGAAACACAGAUAAAGGACUGUACAGUUGGGUUUAUACUAAUCAUAUGAUCACAGGUUGUUUUAAAGGACAGUUUUAGACUAAUAACCGCUUCUCUGGAUGUACCUGGAACAAAACCACCAGAAAUGUAUUGAAUAGAAAUAGUCAAAGGGGAACAGCCAAAGCUCCCAUCGCAGGCUAUUGACUUCCUGUGAAAUAAGUGUGAUGUGUGGUUAAUUUUAGUAACUACUUGCUUGAGAGAGAGCACACAGACAGUUCAGUGCAAAAAUGAGGCGAGAAUGAAAUUAGUUUUGUUAACAUGGCUGCUGUUGUUGCUGCUAUGAUUGCUGCUAAUUAGUCAUACAACCGACAACAGGAAACUGCAGGCCAUGAUGUAGUGUGUCAAAUAGUCAGACUGCCUUAACACUUACCUCUGAUCAAUGUCAAUAAACUAUAAGACCUCCCAUUACAGCACUGGGCCAGUGCAGAAGUGUAACAUGUCUGGUCAGAAGGUGAUAAAAAUACCUAGUGUUCAAGAAUACAUCAUAAUGCUUAAGAUUGUAUGUUAAAUAGACACAAACUCUUGAAUGUAGAAACCAUCAUCAAAGACAUUAGAUUUUAUUUAAAUAGUUAGUUCAGCCACAAAUAAAAAAUGUUAUCAUUUAUUCAACCACCGCAUGCUGUUAUUUAGUUACCAUUAUUAAAAAUAGAAUUAUUAUUUGUGAAAAAUAAAAAUUGUAUAGAACCUUCAGACAGCUUUUAUCCACAUCAUGACUGUUCAUAGUGACCAGGACUGCCAAGCUUAAAAAGGGCAAAAUAAAUAAAUAAAAACACAACUAUCAUAAAAGUAGUCCACAUGACUAUUUAAUGUCAUGGGGAAUAUUUUCAGCAAAUAACAACCUAGUCCCUCACACAAAGCCAUUGUAUGGCUACAUUGACUACUUUCAAUGUGCUUUUUUAAUUUUUUUAUUUUGGAGCUUGACAGACAUGAUCACAAUGAACUGGCAUAUUGGAAAAUAGGAGCAUGAAGAAUCAUACAAAUUUCUACUUAUGUUGUUCCAGAACAUACACUAUUAUUUGUGGAACACAUAAGUAAAUAAUUUUGGGUGAACUGUUCCUUUUUAAUCUGAUUUCAGCUCUAAUUUCUUAAAAUCGAUACAAAUUAAGAGUUUUUUAUUUUUAUUAUUCACCUUGAUACUGUAAAUACAAGGGGAUCGGUUGGGUUCUUAUAGAUUACAAUAGGUUAAUUUGAGAUAGUGUGCUUCAAAACAUUUUAACUAACAUCAAAUAUAGAAUAAUAAUCUCAGACAAUUUGACGCCAGUCUAAAACACUUUUCCAAAAGAGUAUAUUAACAUAUACAGUAUGUGCCAAUGCAUUAACCACUAUUAAGUGUUGCUGGCCCCUUUGAAACUGAAGUUAAAAUGUUACAGGCACACUUUCUUGUGCCUCGGAUGAGCUGCCAAAAAACCUUUCUGUAAACAACUCGCUUUUGAAAAUAGCAUAUAGCUUAUCCAUAGACAUAGCUUAACCAUACAAAAUUAACCAUAAAUCAAUGACAUAAUA